AUGGACUUCUCUAAUUUGUCGCGCGACGACCAAGAUGAAACUAUGACAACAACGAAAGAGAGCCACUGGCAGCCCGCGCUGAGGCCGAACGACGAUGAGAUGGAACAGAGUGAUGUUUCUUCGUCUGUUCAGCAGCAACAGAUAGAGGGACCUACCCAGAGACCGAGCUUACAACCAUCCAUGUCGCAUUUCUCCUUCUCACACCAAGACGAUGACGAGGAGGAAGUAGGAGAGCAGUCAGGUCCAGCGCGUCUUGAUCCAUCUUGGGGAAUCAAGCGUACCGACUCAGCACAUCUCCUGGAUAAUGUUCGCCGCUCUCCAUCGUUUCCUCCUCCAGAACCGGAUCUUGACCAAGUCGAGCGAUUGGUGCCUGUGCAAACCUCGAGCCAUGCCCUGUCAGACGAUCGAAUUGGUACAGAAGAAGAACCCGAGCCACUAUCGAACGCUGCCGAAGUUGAAUAUGUUCCUGAAGUUGAGGGAAUCGAAGACCCAGAAAAAUCACGGUAUGACGAAGGAGUGCCACUGAUAAGUUCAGAGCCACACCCAAGAAAUCAGCCAGAAUCUGUAAGCCAGGAGGACGACUACUUCACUCAGCUGGAACAGAAACCUGAUGAGACCGACCUGCGUCCGUCACUUGAACGAAAAGAGACGGAAGAUGUGUUAGAUAGUCUCGGUGCCAGCAACACCACUCCCGACUCUCCUCCUUUGCCAGCCAUACCAGAAUCCGACCAAGAGUUACCGCCUACUUCUAAAGAGAUAGACCUUGCCGCAGCUUUCGGUGAUGGCCUUGAGGGUGAGGAGGAUUUGGCUGCUGCUUUUGCCCAGACUGCUGAGCCUGAACAAGAUCCUUGGAAGGCAGCCAUGGAUGAUGGCGACAAUUUCCUGGUUGAUGAUGCUGAUGAUCUGCUUUCCGAUUCUGAGGACGAGCAACAACCACAACCUUCACAACAGCUGCAGGUAGCUCGAGGACAGCAAGCACGUACUUCCGCCGUGUCACACUCAAAUCCUUAUGCACCACAUCAACCAUCGACCGCAGAGCUAACCCAAUUCGACUCCACUACCCAGAACAUAGGUUUACAGAGACCGAUGCAGAGUCCCAUGAACGCCUUCCAGGCACAGCAGCGACCAUCAAAUAUCAACAACAGAGCUGCAAGCUAUGUUGACCAGGCUAAAGGUGGCUACAAAUCGCCCUACGACUUACCCAUGGAUCUUGCUCCUAAGAAACGGGUACAAACCCAGCGCGUCGCAUCGUCAACCAACGCAGUCCCUCCACCCCCGAGGUCGAGCAGCAUUAACACCGACAAACAGCUUCAAUCACCCUUUAGUCCCCAUCCGCCAUCGUACAACACACUCGCCACCUCUUCGCCUCUAAGCCCUCCAACCACCAAUUUAGCUGCUGGACCGGUACAAGCAGUCCCUCCAGCUGCUAAGCGGCAAGCCUCCGGAUUUUUUGAGGAAUUGCCAAUCGCUCCCAAAUCUAGGCCACCACAACCUGCUCCACGUAUACCCGUUUCACAACCACAAUCGAGUCUACCAAGUUUACCACCGUACCAGAACACAGGCUUUGCAGCUAAUCCCGUGCAGCAGCAGCAACCACCUCAACAAGCUGUAGACCCUUAUGCACAGUUUCAACUACAGCGCCCCGAAAAGCUUGACCCUUAUGCAAACGUGCCUAUACCACCUACGCAGAGCUCUUUGGGCCCGACGCCUCCAGCUGUAGCUUCUCGCUACUCUCCUGCCCCUCCUGCGGCAGUGAAUGGUAUCAAAGCGUCGCCUUCACCACGAUAUUCGCCGGCUCCUCCUGCGCAAGCAGCAGGGCCACGUUACUCACCUGCACCUCCUGUACAAGCGAAUCGAUAUGUCUCGCAACCACUACCUGGAGCUAGCUUUCCUCAUCUGCCUAGAACCUCUAGUCCUUUAGCUCAACACAGAAGGUCCAUUGACGACACCGCCAAUCGAGCACCACCCCGACCACUACCACCACACCAUGCUGCCUCUUUCUCUGCAGCCGCCGCGACCAGCAUGUCGCCUCCUCGUGGUAUGGAUCCUGCUAAGCAAGAAAUUGUACCACCGAGACGUCCUCAGACUCAAUCUCCAAGCAGGCAAAUGACUCGUCCAGGUAUUCCUUCUCCUACACGUCCUCAGAUAAAAGCUACUGCUGGUGAAGUAAACAUCAAGAAGCUCAAUAGUGUCUUGAAUCCUUCUGAGAACUCGACUGAAUUUCCUGGCCCACUGAAAGGCAAAACCAAGAAGAAGGACAUCCUUACCUGGCUUUCAUCUAGCAUAAAGAGACUAGAAGCCGAUGUUAUGUCCCAUCCGAGCAAACGUCUCGAGGAGAAGGUGUUGCUGUGGAAAACUAUAAGAGUGCUCGUUGAGCAAGAUGGCAAUCUUGACACUCCACAAGCUGUCCAAAACGUCAGCGCUCUUUUGUUGCCAGGGGUAUACGGAGCUGAUGAUUUGAACCGGUCUGAGAACAACGUUCAAGAUCUAUCCUCCGGAAUCUACCGUCCAGCUAGCUUUACCGCCAAGACCGAGACUGUAGAUCCUUUGGCAGUAGAAGGACUGAGGAAGACACUACUAAAAGGCAAGCGCGAGGAUGCCGUUUGGCAGGCAGUCGAUAGCCGGCUUUGGUCCCAUGCACUACUUUUAGCCUCAACACUUGAUCGAUCGGUCUGGAAGCAGGUCGUGGCAGAGUUUGUGAGACAGGAAGUUAGAACCAUCGGUGCUAAUUCAGACUCGUUGUGUGCGUUCUACGAGAUUCUGGGUGGUAAUCUGGAGGAAAGCAUCGACCAACUUGUGCCUCCUUCUGCACGAGCUGGCUUACAGAUGGUUAGCAAAAUUGAGAGUGCCGGACCAACACGAAAUGCAUUGGAUGGUCUGGACCGAUGGAAGGAGACACUCUGCCUGGUGCUGAACAAUCGCAGCCACGAAGACCAGCGAGCUCUCCUGACUUUGGCAAGACUACUGUCAGAUUAUGGUCGCAUCGAGGCUGCCCAUAUGUGCUACCUCUUCGCCCGGAGCCCUGCGUUGCCUCAUAUGUUUGGUGGUGCAGAUGAUCAGAAUACAAUGAUCGUACUGCUUGGAACUGAUCACCAGCGUCAACAAUCAACAUUUCACAACGAUACAGAUGCCAUAUUGCUUACGGAAGUUUACGAAUUUGUGACGUCGUCCUUAACAGCUGGAUCAACUGGAGCACCGAUGCCACACCUGGCUGCUUUCAAGCUUCGACGUGCGAAUGAGCUCGCUGAUAUAGGUAUGAAGGCCGAGGCGCAGGCCUACUGCGACGCGAUUGCAGCAGGGUUAAAGUCGAACACAAAACAUUCCCCCUACUACAAUCCUCUGCUAUUGGGAGAGGUGGAAGAUUUGUCAAAUCGUCUCAAGCAAGUACCGGUGCAAAGUGCAUCCUGGAUUGCUAAACCUAGCGUCGAAAGAGUAACUGGCUCUCUUCUGAGCAAGUUCAGCAGUUUCGUCAUAGGUGAAGAUUCAGACGCUGAAUCAAAGGGAUCUGCUCGUGAGGCUGCUGAAGCUCAGCCGUUCGCAAAUAUCUCAGGCUCUCCAUCUCUAAGUCGCAACGCGUCUCAAACAGACUUAUACGGUUCGUAUCCGACACCGAUACAGAUGACACCUGUGGUUGCCGCAACCGCAGCCGGGUCAAGAUAUGCCCCUAAUGGUAUGAGCUCUGCCAGGUCAUCCUCAGAAAUAGCGCGCGGACGUGCAUCUAUGGAGUACCAACGUUCACCUCCCUCAACGUCUCAUUCUAAUCAUGUCAAUUCUAAUAUGUAUAUGCCGACGAUGCAACCCGCACAAAAUCCAUAUUCACCAGUGACGAUGUCGCCUCCAGCAACUGGCUAUCAGCCAAAUCCAUAUCAACCCAGUCCAGAAUCACAUAUGCCAAUACUUGCGGAGGAGAUGUCUCCACCUAGCCAACCGAUGUCAUAUGCACCUGUGGCUCCAUCAACAAACGGCAUUGCAGUUCAACCAGCAUUUGGGGGAUAUACGCCGCUAGAACCACCUUUCGAACCACAGCAGCAAGCGAUUGAUGAGAACGAAUAUGUGCCUGAGCAGGCUCAGACUGGGUUUGAGCCUCCUUCAGCCGACACCGGAUAUGGCUACCAACCUCCAGACGAUGCAGGUUAUGUGCCUUAUGAGCCAGAACCAGAAUCGGAAGAUGAAAAAUCAAAGCCUAAGAAGUCUUUCGUAGACGAUGACGAGGAUUUCGCAAGGGUUGCAAACAAUGUUCCUGCGCCACAACAACACGACGGUGCAGCAGAGCAGGCACGAAAGAAAGCCAACGAUGCAGCUGCUGACGCAGCUUUCCGUGCAGCUGCAGAAGAGGACGCUAAACGUGCCAAAGAACAAGCAGCGCAGAAGAAAGGAAGCGGCUCCUGGUUAGGCAGUUUCUUUGGUGGGGCUAAAAAGCCAGAAUCGCUCGAUGCUGGAUCCAGCAACAAGGGAGGCGACGCUAAAGUGCAUCGUGUACAUUUAGGAGAGUCGAAGAUGAAGUUGUACUAUGAUAAGGACAAGAAGAAGUGGAUAAAUCCAGACAACCCAGAAGCGAGUGAGAAGAAGGCCGCGCCUCCUCCACCAAGGUCAAACACAAGCUCUGUACCUCCGCCAAUGGGCGGGCCUCCGAGAAGUGUAUCGACACCAUUCUCCUUGCCUGCUGGUGGGUUGAGCAGAAGUGGUACACCUGUCUCCGUUGCCGUUGAUACAGGUAGUGAAGGUGGAGAUUCUCGACCAGGUACUGGACACGGUCAGCCAGCCGGAUUUGCAGCAACACUACCGCCCGGAACUCAGCAAAGUCUUGGCAUAGGAGGUACGAGCUCCUCGCCUACACCUUCGAGUGGUCCGGCACCACCUGGUUCAGGGCCACCUACGAGGCCUCCGAGCGCAUUGAGUAAUGCGAGUGGUUUGGAUGAUCUUCUUGGUGGCCCACCUGGAGCUGGCAAUAGGAGAGUUAGCGGCAGGGCCGCCAAGGGGAAGAAAGGACGUUACGUGGAUGUAAUGGCUCAGUAG